CGCCUCCUUAAAUCGAAUGAGUUAGCUACAGUAAGUGGCUGUAUGAUGAACAAAUGUGUGUGUCUCUCUCCUCCUGAUCCUUCCCUUCUGUCCCUGUACUCUCCGAAGACAAGGGCCUCAUUGUACAAAAAGGAAAUCAUAGGACUCACAUGCUUUGGAGGAGAGAAAGUGAGCGAUCACAGCAAAGGAUAGGGUUGUUCAGAGGAAAAGAACGAGGCAGAAGAGUGGAAUGAAGUCAUUUUGAGCUUUACAAGGACUUCAGGACAGCUGUGAACUACAUUGGACCAGACGGGACAGGAUACCUAAACAUGGAGAAUGGCAAAACAGAAACAGAGGACAAGACAGAGGGCGUAUCAAAAGAUAAAGAAGAAAAUGUGGAGGAGGCUAGCCUAGAGAUUGCUCAGCUGCAGGGCCUGGUGGCUGAGCUGCGCGAGGGGCUUCAUACUGCCCUGACGGAGCUGUGUGAGCUGCGUCAAAGGGACCACGGCCUGGAGGAGAAACUCCAGGCCCAUCAGACUGACGUGGAUGAUAAGAUAAUGGGCCUCAAGAACUCCCUCAACACUUUCAAGGAGGAGCUGAAUGUGGCGUUGUUUCACAUAAAGGAUGUGUCCCACAGACAGAGAGAGGUGCAGAAGAGGGCAGAACUGUUGCAGUCAGAAAACACCAAAGACAUCAUCUCUGUUCCACACAGCAGAAAGAGCUCCAAGGCAGAUGUGCUAUCGGCAUCAGGGGAUGAACACAUCUGUGUGCCCAGCCAGUCAGACCUUAGUGUUAUUCAACACUUCUUUUCCAGUCUGCCACAUAGCGGGUCACCACAGAGGAGCAACACGUCGACACAGAACUCUACCUCUGAGCAGGAGGCUCAGCAGCAGCAGAGAGGUUGUCCAUCCAAAUCUCCAGGGUGGGGAGAUAGGAAGAACAGCAGAGACGACACAGAGACACCCAACAGUCCAACUGAGAACAAUAAGAGACAGAGAGUGGCUCUGGAGCUUCUGGAGUCAGAGAGAGUUUAUGUGUCCCACCUGUCUCUGUUACUGAAAGCCAACAUCUCCUUUAAUGGGUCAGAAGCUCUUACUUCCAAGGACAAACGUCCAUUUCCCAGCUCUCUGAGGUUCCUGAUCCAGCAGCACCUUGAGCUUCUCCAUACGCUCCAGGAACGUGUGCUCAAGUCCCAGUGGCAAGGCCUCAUGGGAGAUGUGUUUAUGAGGCUCACCAGCAAAGAGAGCGAUUUCUUGGACUUUUAUGUGUCGUACCUGAAGGAGCUUCCAGACUGUCUGUCAGUCAUCACCAUGCUUGCCUCCAGCUCCAUGAAAUCUUCUGCCUUCCUGGAGAGUGACAUAACAGGUGACGAAUCCAAACCUUCCCUCCACACUCUGCUCCUUCAGCCGGUUCAGAGGAUCCCUGAGUACCUGUUGCUGCUACAGGGGCUGCUGAGGCAGACAGAGGCAGAACACCCAGACUACUACCUACUGCUGGUGUGCAUCCAGCAGUUCAGGUCCUUCAUGGCUCAAUACCACCACCUCCUCCAGCACAACCAGGAGCUACUGCUGCACAACCGCAAGGAGGUGAAAAGAUCUACCAUGAAACAGCUGUUAAAGACAGUGGAGAGCGGGAUUCAAGCUAACAACAUUGGUUCACCAUACCCUUACAGCAGUGCUAUGCUAGAGCAUGCUAACCAGGUGAAGCGGAGCAAGCAGCGUCUACUGGAGCAGAUCCAGUCUCAUCGUUUGCAGGAUUGGGAUCGGGACCAAGAACCAGAAACUCAUUGUUACGACACAGAGUGGCCCACCCAGCUCCCAUUCUUCAGCCCCGAACUGGACCCACGGAACCACAAGCCAGCAGGUCUCGGCAGUAUCCCAGAGAGUGAGGCAUCUGAUAGGUCCAUCUCGUGCCAGCAUCAUCUGCCCUCCAGACCUGCAGAGUUCCGUCAGGUUCAACCGGGCUCUGCUCUGGCUGAUGCCCUCGGAGAGUUCCUUCUCCCUCCAGACCCCCCAGGGAUGGAGAGUCUCUAUGAAGAGGACGGAGGCUCGUUUCAUGAUGUCUCCAUGUUCGACCGCUGCUCCUCUGCUUCCUCAGAUUCCUCCAUUGACAUUGCCUUCGUGAAGUGCCCCAAAGCGCCCUCAGCAUCACAUCAUGCAGUGGCAGCAAAUGUGUCAACAACCCGUGAUGUCUUCGGCAAUGGUGGAAGCCAUGGAAAUGGUUACAGCAAACUGCCCAACCGAGGGUGCGUGUCUCCGGAUGAAGCUGUAAUGAUGCGCCGCAAUCAGCAUCGCCCCCUUCAGGCUAGCCAGCGCAAGAGCAAGUCCCUGAAUGGCCUGCAGAUGGACAACACAGUGAGUGGUCUGAACGAUGGUCCUCUAUCAGACCACCUCCAUAGGGUGGGACUGGGCAGCCAUGCCAAGCUUGAGCGCCAGGGCAGUAAGGGCAGCAAAGGGUGUCCCACCCCAUCCCGUAAGGUCCACAGCCCCCUGGGGAACAGAGUGGAUACUGACAAACAGAGCGAUGAUCUUCACGGGCUACUCAGCAUUGACUCCGGGUUCCAAUCAUGGGGAGACGAGUCAAAGUGGAGGGGCGGGACAGAGGAGAAUAACCACACACCCUUCAGCGAGAGGAGUCGGAAGCAAGACAAAGGAGGCUUCAGGAGCUCAUUCAAGAAACUCUUCAAGAAGAAGAGUGGUGAUGAGAAGAAAGAAAAGGGAGGUGAGAAAACAGCAGAAAACCAAAAUGGCGAACAGGAGACGUCGGGGAAAAAUCCCAAAUUGGUACAUGUGGAGAUAAACCGCGGCACAGCUGUAUGAACUCCUCUUUAUCACACACACCAGUCACAACAGUCACACACUGAUCAAAUAUAAAAUGUAAUACGUGCAUGUUUAAACACACAUACAAAGUGAAGAAGUACAAUAUGAGGUUGUUUUUUUACAUUUACAACUGCUAUAUAAAUGCUGUAUAGGUAUAAGCUAUUUAGCUAAGCAACGAUUCCUCUAAUAAUUUUAAAGUUAAGUUUAAAAGCUAUUUUUAUUUGAAAGACAAAUUCCUGCCCCUGGCCUUCAUACUGAGGGAAAGCACUUGGCAUAGGUGUAUGCCUUUUGUUUGUUUUGUUUGUUGAAUUCUUGCUCAUGUUCUGUUAUUUUGUCAGUCUUACUUGCAUCACUUGCUCAAACCAAAAUGGCACAGGAGAUAAAGGUAGCAAUGUGGCUAUAGUGGCAGUUAAGUUAAUUAAUUAUUGUUUUUUCAAUUAAAUGUGACUGCAGUUAUGGACCAAAUUGAACUUUUUGCCAAUGAAGAUGUGGUUACAAACUUCACCACUAGUAGACAUAGUUUGACACUAUUAUCCCCAGACUGUAAAUAGCUCUCCUCUACCUCCAGUUUCUAAAUGUUAUUCAGAUAACUAACUCCUUUACUUUUCCUUUUGUCCUUUUUAAAGGGGUUUUGAUUGCACCCCAAUCUGUGCAAACCUUUUUUUAAUUGUUUAUAGUUUGAUAUUGGCAGGUGGUCCCCUGUUUGUUUUUCAGUAUGGGAAACAACAACUGACUGAGUACUGUUCCUAGAUUUAACUCUUCCACCAAUUCAACAGGCUCUGACACUCACUCUUAAGCCAUACGCAGAAAUUAUUAUAUUGUGCAUUUACUCAGGAGAAGAAACAAACUGUUUUUUUUUUUUUUGUUUGAAUUUGUUUUUGUUUAAAGGCAAAACAGUACAUGUUUGACAAUUAUUUCUAUGCAUUCAACAGAACUGUUGUUAAGAGAUGAAUGUGACAAUCAGACAAUAAUGUUAAAUAAAAGGUUAACACUGAAAAUGUGUUAUGUUGGUCA